AUGGCGCUUGAUGAUUCAAUGAUCAACAGUAUAGCCGCAGAGACUGAAGACGUUCAACAAGAACGAGUUAGGCUCACUCACAAGCAUAGUUCUCUUGAGGUCGCUUGGUCAGCCUUGCGAAAUCUGAAUCAAUCACGGGCGUUAGAUAUCAACGAAUGUGGCAUUCAGUCUCCUGUUGCUUCUGAAGGUGACGAAACGUAUUCUGAUGGCUUUGAGAAUCGUGAUAACGGAGAGGACUUCAAUAAAGAUGGAUCCAAGCAACAAGUUGGAGAUCCAGGCUUUCAAACAAUCACGAAUUAUUUUCAACAGCCUGGGUGUGGCCCCUAUACAACAACGCAGACACUUGCGCCUGACCAGAUUGUAGCCAGCGAUGAAGGGAACUUUCUGAUCAGGUCACUCGGUCCUAUAUCGGCAUCCGUGCCCGAUAAACAGACAAAGAAAUCUAAGAAGAAAAAUAAAGCUAUGCUUCAUGCUCAAGGAGAACAGGAGGGGAGUCGGGGCCAAUGGUGA